CUUUGUUGCGGGGCUCAGUAUGAGAGCUGAGAAGGCGCCGGCGUUCGGGAACCUGCUGGAAAAAUAAGGGGGAGAAAGCGAAGGAAACUGAGGCGUCUCCUCGUCUUUCUCUCUCCUCCAGCGUUCUGGGAUGCGUUUAGCGUUCCUGGACUAGCCUUAGGAUACAGGGAGGAGGAGGAGGAGGAGGACGAAGAAGAGAAGGAGCGGUGGCUUUGAGAUGGAGAGACCGUUAACGAUGUGAGGAAAACCUUGAGGUUUUCGGAUGAAAUUCCGCUCCUUGCCCUCAGAACCUUGAAGGGCGUAUUCAGGGGACGAAUUUACCUGCUGCUGCCGAUGAUAUUGUUUAUAAAUACUUGAAUGUGACUGCUGUUAAAAUGCCUCAGCAAAACAAUGAUUGCUCACAUUUGGAAUCUGUUGGUGAGAUAACCAAAGAAGAUUUGAUACACAAAUCUCAUGGGACUUGCCAAGACUGCAAGGUAAAAGGACCAAAUCUGUGGGCAUGCUUAGAGAAUAGAUGCUCCUAUGUUGGUUGUGGGGAGUCACAUAUAGAUCAUAGCACCAUACAUUCAGAGGAAACAAAGCACUGUUUAACAGUUAAUCUUACAACACUUCGUGUCUGGUGUUAUGCAUGCAGCAAAGAAGUAUUUUUGGAUAGAAAGCUAAGAACUCAUUCUUCCUUACAAAAUGUACGGUUAUCUUCCCCUGGUCCAGAACAUAUCAUACAGGAUAUUAAGUUACCCAGUAUCCCUACACUGAAAAUUCCUUUAAUUGCAACAUUUGAUGACCUAGAUGUACAAAUUGAUGAAGAAGAUGAAUUAAAGGCUAGAGGUUUGACGGGCUUGAGAAAUAUUGGAAACACUUGUUACAUGAAUGCAGCUUUACAAGCACUUUCAAACUGCCCCCCAUUGACACAGUUUUUCCUUGACUGUGGGAGUUUAGCUCGGACUGAUAAAAAACCAGCAAUUUGCAGAAGUUACUACAAACUUAUAACAGAACUCUGGCAUAAAAGCAGGCCUGGAGCUGUGGUCCCCACAAAUUUGUUUCAAGGAAUUAAAGCAGUUAAUCCAACAUUUCGAGGCUAUUCGCAACAAGAUGCCCAGGAAUUUCUACGUUGUUUAAUGGAUUUGCUUCAUGAAGAGUUAAAAGAAACUGUUAUUACAGUAGAGGAUGGUAACACAACAAAUGUUGAGGAGAGAAUGGAAGAAGAAAAAUGCCAAUCAGAUGCAGAUUUUCAAUCAUGUGUUAAUAAUGAUAAGGUAGAAAAUGAUCCUUGGUCAAAACCUGUGGCAAAUGACCCUGCAGAAAAUGCAAUGUUAAUUGAGGAGGAUGGAAAUACAUCUAAAGAUUAUCGAAAAGAGAGAUCCUUGUGUACCAAAAUGAAUAGAACAAAUUCAGUGGACAACACCGAAAAAGAUAUAAACAAUUUCCAUGAAACAGCUGAACUUUUGAAUAAUCAGGAAACAGUGAAGGUACAAAUACACAGCAGAUAUUCAGUUCCAACCAUGCCUUCCUCUAAAAAGAAGAAAAACAAAAAAUACCGAAGUGUUAUAUCAGACAUAUUUGAUGGUUCUAUUUUAAGUUCUGUACAGUGUCUCACAUGUGAUCGGGUUUCAGUUACACUGGAAACUUUCCAGGACUUGUCUUUACCUAUUCCAGGUAAGGAAGAUCUUGCUAAGCUGCAUUCUGCAAAUCAUCAGAACUCUCUUGUCAAGACAGGAUCUUGUGGUGAAGCAUAUGCUCCUCAAGGUUGGAUUGCGUUUUUUGUGGAAUAUUUCAAAAGGUUUGUUGUCUCAUGUGUCCCUAGCUGGUUUUGGGGUCCAACAGUAACCUUACAAGAUUGUCUUGCUGCCUUUUUUGCUAGAGAUGAACUGAAAGGUGACAAUAUGUACAGUUGUGAAAAAUGUAAAAAGUUAAGAAAUGGAGUAAAAUUCUGCAAAGUUCAACACUUCCCUGAGAUUUUAUGUAUUCAUCUCAAAAGAUUCAGACAUGAUCUUAUGUUUUCCACAAAAAUUGGAACUCAUGUAUCCUUUCCUUUGGAAGGACUUGAUCUUCAACCUUUUCUUGCUAAAGACAGUCCUGCUCAAAUAGCAGUUUAUGACCUUUUGUCGGUCAUCUGCCACCAUGGAACUGCAAUCAAUGGGCAUUAUAUAGCUUAUUGUCGAAAUAAUUUAAAUAAUCGAUGGUAUGAGUUUGAUGAUCAAAGUGUCACAGAAGUAACAGAAUCAACUAUCCAAAAUGCAGAAGCUUACGUUCUCUUCUACAGAAAAAGUAACGAAGAAGCUAAGAAAAAGAGAGAGAGAGUGUCAAGCCUUAAUGUAAUGGAACCAAGCCUCCUUCAAUUUUAUAUUUCACGUUUAUGGCUGAAUAAAUUCAGAACUUUUGCUGAACCAGGACCUAUUUCAAACAAUGAUUUUCUUUGCAUACAUGGAGGAGUUCCUCCACACAAAGCUUCUUUUAUAGAAGAUCUAGUUGUAAUGCUUCCUCAGAACAUAUGGGAUAAUUUGUAUAGCAGGUAUGGUGGAGGACCAGCAGUUAAUCAUCUGUAUGUAUGUUAUACCUGUCAAAUGGAAACAGAGAAAAUAGAAAAAAGACUGAAGACAGAACUGGAAAUGUUUAUUCGGUUGAACAGAGCAUUCCAAGAGGAGGAGUCUCCAUCUAUAUUCUAUUGCAUCAGUAUGCAGUGGUUCAGAGAAUGGGAAGCGUUUGUGAAGGGCAAGGACAACGAUCCUCCAGGUCCCAUUGACAAUACGAAAAUUGGUGUCAAUAAAUGUGGUUCGUUUGUUCUAAAACAAGGAGCUGAUUCUGGACAGAUUUCCGAAGAAACAUGGAAUUUUCUACAGUCAAUCUAUGGAGGAGGCCCAGAAAUCAUACUGAGACCACCUGUUGCUCAAAGUGAAUCUGAAUCAUUACAGACUGAAGAUAAAGUAGAAUUAGAAACACAUAAACUGUAGCCAUCAAAUUAAGGAAUGAAUUCUUACAACAUACCUUCCACUUAGCAACAUACAUUCCCAAGAUUUUUCAAGUUGCUAUUUUUAGCUUUAUUUUUUUCUGUGAAAUAACAAUGGUAGGCAUUUUAUCUGUGGAAAGUGAAUUGAAACACAUAUUGGUCAGUGACCAUAAUCAAGAACUGAACGGAGAUUGAAACCUCUUAUAUACACAUUAUAAAUAUUAGAACUUUUCAGAGACUUUGGAAUUGUGAUCUUAUUCUAUAUCAUUGUAUAUAUAUAUAUAUAUAUAAAAUUUAUGCAUUAUAAAUGUAAUUGGUCUUUUCACUUUAACUAUAAAUUACCAAGCUGUCUCCAUUCAUGUUUUAUCAAGACAAGUUGUCAAGGUUAUUGAACAUCAUUUGAUGGAAAGGUGGCAUUAGCAAUUAAGAAAAUAGAAAUAAUAAAUGUUGUAUGAAAACUCAGGAAUAGUAAUGUUUUCUUUGUGUGUCAGAUAUGUAAACUAUUCAGAUAAAUCACUGUUUCAGUCAGCAAAUAUAAAUAAACUGUACUGUUUAAAUUCUUUAAUAUGUUUUUGCUGUAUAUAAAUUAUCCUCAAUAACAUGUAACGACAGAUCUAUAAUGUCUAGGAAUAUUUGAUUUUAAGAGCAUGAAAGGGGUACGUUAAUUGCUCAUGCAAUUUAGGAUGUUUAUAGUCUUUUUUUAAUUCAGUGCAUUAAUAGUUCCACAUGAAGAAAAUUUAUAGUAAUGCAGUGCUCAUUGGCAUGAUAUAUGAUGUCAGAUGUUGAAUUGAAUGCAUUCAACGAGAUUGCAAAACAUUCUAGAUUAUUCAUAUUGAAAUGUUGAAUGUCAUCCAAAUGAUUUUUCUUCCUGAAUAUUACCACAGUAUAGACAAUAUUAUGAAAUGCUAGUUUAAUAAAAGUUGUUUUUAAAAUUGUAUAAAGUGUUUGAACUUCAACUCAAAUAAAGAUACGUAUCGCAGAUUCAUCCCACUGAACUUCAGAGAAAUUAAAAAAUGGAAGACAAGAUUCAUUUUGAUUGGAAAACCCUUUGAAAAGAAAUCACCUUUGUAUAGAAAUUGCUCAUAAGGUGUAAAAGAAAAAGAAAAACUUGCUUUGUUAAAUUGAUCUUAUGCAUGAAAAGGAAUGCUAUCAUUUACAAAUAGUUAUAGGAAAAAUAGAGUGAAACAUGUAAAGUUUACCAAAUCUAAUAUUUGUCAAUUUCAACUAUUAACUUGUACUAUUAGAAGCUGAGAUGCAUAGCUGGUACAAGUACUGUAAGCUUAGCUCAGGACUCUCAACAAUGUUACAUCCCUGAUUCAUCCCUGAUAGGAACUAAUGUUACACAUUCGCAUAUAAACUUUAUUUCAGAAGUUACAAAAGGUAAGAAAAAAUUCUGUCCUUUCAUCCCUCUCCUUCCAUUCCACAGACGCUCUUGUUUUAAACGUAGAUAAAUACAAUCACUUUGGGAAGAUUAAAAAUUCUAUAGUGUUGUAAUGUUGAUUGAUUGUGGCAAAACAAUCUUUGCUGAAUAUAUCUUGCCUUAAUUGGUUAUAAUUCUAAACAAGUUUUACAUCAUGCAAAUAAAAUCAUUUAUUCUUAAGUACAUACAAUUUUGCCGAGCAGCAUUAGUAAUACUUUGAAGACCUACAUUCAUCAGGGCUGUGCUUUGGGUGCAAGCAAACAAAUACAGCUUCUGCUUUCAAUAUCUUAAAUGUAAUCACUUUUCCGCAAUGUAAAUCCAUUGCUGAAAAUGGGUAUUGGGGAUACCCUGUGAUGGACUGUGCCUACAAAGUGAGGUGGUAUGGUGGACUACAGUGAAGCAGCAGUUUCCCAAGAGGUUGUUCAUUCCAAGGAGGGCGAAUACAGGAGACAACACAUCCUGCAACUGGAUAGGAAUCAGAGAUAGCCACUCCUGGAAUCUCUUGGUAAAUCCAUUAGGGUAAGAGUAGUAAGGGUUUAGUCUGGCAAGAUUCUCUCUAUUUGGUGUGAACAAAUAAAGAAAUGGACUUUGGCUGGAUUGUUUUAUGUUCUUGGACUGGGCCUGGAUAAAUCCUUUAUUAAAGAGGGAGGGAAGGAAAGAAGGAUUUCUGAUGCUCCCUUCCAGCUUCCCACAAGAAACUCAAUGGGGAGGCCAUCAGGAAGUCGGAACUUGCUCCUAUUCCCACUGCUUUUUUGUCCAUCAACCAUAUGUUCUACUCUGUUGGUUUGAUGAGAAACUGUUAAUGCAGAUUCUGAAUAUUUUCAAACCAGCUAUAUAUAUAUCCAUUUGAUUUUCUUGCCAAUCAACCACUCUUGGCUGGUUUACAAAGUAGAACAUCAUGGAAUACUUUGAAAAACACUUUGCUGAAGUUUAGAUGCAUUACACUAGUGUUCCUAAAAUCAAUCAAGGAACUUAACCAAUUUAGAAAAUGAAAUAGUUUGUCUAGCAAGACUUCCCAAAAGGAGUGGGAGAUACAGUAUUAUAACCAUAAUGAAGCCAUGCCCAGACUGUCUAAUUUAAACAUUUAAGAUGUUUAAAAGGAUAAUGGAGAAAAUCAAGAAUCCUUAAAACUGAGCCAGAGUCCUCCAGCAGGCUCUUGUGUUUACUCAACCAGAUAAAAUUACAGUAGAAUAAUUACACAAGUACUUUUUCCAAGCUACUCUAGCAAAAUCACCUAUUGGCUCAUUGCCUCAGAAAGAGACAAUAAUCCAUGGUAGCAAUGCUACUGAAAGGACCAGAAGAACCAUUUGGAAUCUGUACCUAAUUCAGUUCCUGAAAUGCAAAGGGUUUUUGUUUUAAAAUUCCUAGUCUAAGCCUAUCCUGGAAAACAUUUUGGAUGUUCUAUGUAAAAGGAGAUUUAUUAAUGUAUUUUGCUAAUUGGCAAUAUUAAGAAUAUCUUCAAAACAAAAGUAUAAAUACAAUGUACUGUAGAUAGCAUUUUGCAUCUAUAUUUCAACAAAGAUUUUGAUGCAUACAAAUCUAUUUGGUGAAAAACUUUUGCUUAAAAAACUAAAAGUCUGUUAUAAUACUACAGACUUACAUAUUCAACUUCUUUCCUUCUGUCUUUCCUUCUCUCCCUCCCUCCCUCCUGUCAGAGUUGAGAAUAGUAAACAAAAUCCUGUACAAAAUAUGGUUGUUGAACAAUGCAGCAUAUAUACAGAUACACAUAAAAAAUUAAUUUCGUUCUAGGUAUCUUUCAUAAUAUGCUAUAUCAAUGCAAGAUGUCCUGGUUCCCAUAGCAACAUCUUCUCUUCUUCCUGCUUUCCAAAUAAUAGAUCAGAAAAAAUUGAAACCCAGGGUACAGUGGCAGUUUCACAUAUGAUUUCAUCUUAGUACUGCCUUCAAAAGCAUGUAUAUAUUUUUAAAAAUGAGAUUUUCAACUACUAUGAUUUUUUUCACGACUUAAUCAGAGGUGGUCAGAACCUUUGAAGAACGGAACACUGCUUUCCCAGUUUGACAAAUUUCAUCUACCUUAGAGACAAAUGGAAUAGAUACUCUGUCGCAGUCCCGGUUUCCAAACCAUUCACUCCACGGGCCCCAUGGAUGCAAGGGAACAAAAAUUUGAGUUUGUGACUUUAAGCAUCUUCAUAGGCUAUCACAGAAGUGUUACAUUAAUAAGGAAGUGAAAAUUUGGGCCUGAAUCUGCUCAAAGUAGUACCACCAUAUUCUGAGAAUGUAUCACUAACUUUUACAGGUGACUAUAACUGAUGUCAGAUUCAGUUCUGGAUGCCCCACAUUAUAUUGCCAGAGCCAAGGAGAAAGAAUUAAAAUCAGUUGAAAUUGAUUCUAAAGAUCCUGGCAAUGAAGGAAGUGCACAAGGUAAGCCAGCCAGUCAUACAUACAAAGUCUGCCUAUCAACAAACUUGUUAGGAUGAAAUAUGGUUGUCAUCUGCUUUCCCCCUCAAGCCAGCAGAACAUGCUACACACCUGAUACAAAGUUUUAAACAAUCUCCCACAUCCAGGAGUCCUAUUAUCAUGGCAGAAUUGCAAUAUCCCUUCCUGAAAGAAUAUAUAAUUGGCCACUAUCCAUUAUUAUAGAAAAAGGAAUCAGUUUGAAGCUUUUAUCUGUGCAGCAAUCUAAUCCAACUGAGCAGAUCUAGUGCCUUCCUCCAUGACCCCAACCAUUAUGGAGGAUCUAAUGAUUAGUAGGAGAAGGAGUAACUAUGGAAGAACAUAUUCAGGUUUACACAAUACUAUUUAUUAUAGUUUGUUCAGUGAGCCAAAAAUAUAUAUGAUAUGAAGCCUGGAACAGAAGAAAAAAAUG